CUUCUCUCUGCAAAUUUCAUCUUCUUCUUCUGCUUCCUCCCCAUCCUGAUCCACCAUGGUUCUUUCCAAGACUGCUUCUCAGUCGGAUGUCUCCGUCCAUUCCACGUUCGCUUCGCGAUAUGUGCGAACCUCUCUCCCGAGAUUCAAAAUGUCGGAAAAUUCAAUCCCUAAGGAAGCUGCGUUCCAGAUCAUCAAUGAUGAACUCAUGCUCGAUGGAAACCCUAGGCUGAAUCUGGCCUCCUUCGUUACCACUUGGAUGGAGCCUGAGUGCGAUAAACUCAUAAUGGCCGCCAUUAACAAGAAUUACGUCGAUAUGGAUGAAUAUCCUGUCACUACAGAGCUCCAGAAUCGAUGUGUGAACAUGAUAGCUCACUUGUUCAAUGCCCCAUUGGGGGAGAAUGAGACGGCGGUGGGAGUUGGAACAGUGGGAUCGUCGGAGGCCAUAAUGUUGGCUGGCUUGGCUUUCAAGAGAAAGUGGCAGAACAGAAGGAAGGCUGAAGGCAAACCCUAUGACAACCCCAACAUUGUCACCGGAGCUAAUGUCCAGGUAUGCUGGGAGAAAUUCGCAAGGUACUUCGAGGUAGAACUGAAGGAGGUGAAAUUGAGGGAAGGUUACUACGUGAUGGAUCCAGAGAAAGCUGUGGAUUUGGUUGAUGAGAACACCAUCUGUGUAGCAGCCAUCUUGGGCUCCACUCUCAAUGGAGAAUUCGAAGACGUGAAGGUCUUAAACGAUCUCUUAAUCGAGAAGAACAAGGAAACCGGAUGGGAGACUCCUAUUCAUGUUGAUGCUGCGAGUGGAGGGUUCAUUGCCCCAUUCAUAUACCCUGAUCUAGAAUGGGACUUUAGGCUGCCCCUUGUAAAGAGUAUUAAUGUGAGUGGCCAUAAGUAUGGGCUUGUUUAUGCUGGAAUUGGUUGGGUUAUCUGGAGGAACAAGGAAGACUUGCCUGAAGAACUCAUCUUCCAUAUCAACUAUCUUGGCGCCGACCAACCCACUUUCACUCUCAAUUUCUCCAAAGGUUCUAGCCAAGUCAUUGCUCAGUAUUACCAAUUGAUCCGCUUGGGUUAUGAGGGAUACCAAAACGUGAUGGAGAACUGCAAAGAAAACAUGAUUGUUCUGAAGGAAGGACUGGAAAAAACAGGGCGGUUCAACAUUGUGUCUAAGGACGAAGGAGUUCCACUAGUGGCAUUCUCCUUGAAAGACAGCAGUCGUCACACAGAGUUUGAAGUCUCAGAAAUGCUUAGGAGGUUCGGGUGGAUCGUGCCAGCUUACACGAUGCCUCCGGACGCGCAACACAUUACAGUUCUGAGAGUGGUGAUCCGAGAAGAUUUCUCACGCACACUUGCUGAGCGUCUAGUGAAAGACAUUGAAAAGGUGAUGCACGAGCUGGACAUCCUCCCGUCAAGGGCUGAUAUCAGAGAAGAGACAAACCACGUCGUGGUGGCGAAGAAGAGUGCACUGGAGACACAGAGGGAGAUCACCACUGCUUGGAGGAAGUUUGUGAUGGAUAAGAAGAAGACUAAUGGAGUCUGUUAA